CCCCCGCCCCCCGUGCGCGGUGUCGGUGAGGGAAACCCUCGCCCUCUUCUGCUCAGGGGACAGGACCGAGGCACAGCUGCUGCGAAGGCUCUGGGGACGCUGGAGGGGCGGCGGGAGCCCUCAGCAAAGAGUGUUUCCUGGCCAGCAAGCAGCUUCCAGCCUGGAUGGAGUAAAAGAUGCGGCCUGAUGACAUAAAUCCCAGGACUGGGCUGGUAGUGGCCCUCGUCAGCGUCUUCUUGGUCUUUGGUUUCAUGUUUACUGUCUCUGGCAUGAAGGGAGAGACUCUGGGGAACAUCCCUCUCCUGGCCAUCGGGCCAGCCAUCUGCCUUCCCGGCAUCGCAGCCAUUGCUCUGGCCAGGAAAACCGAGGGAUGCACCAAAUGGCCUGAGAAUGAGCUGCUCUGGGUCCGCAAGUUGCCCUGCUUCCGAAAGCCCAAGGACAAGGAGGUGGUGGAACUGUUGAGGACCCCUUCAGACCUGGAGUCGGGCAAGGGGAGCUCAGAUGAGCUGGCCAAGAAGUCAGGCCUCAGGGGCAAGCCGCUCCCCCAGGGGCUGGGUGAGGUUCCCAUGGCCAGCUCCAUCACCACUCCCACUCCCACGCCCACGGAGGAGGGAGAAUGCCAGAGCCUGGUCCACAGUGGGCGUCAGGAGGAGACAUCCCGGUACCUGGACGGCUACUGCCCAUCGGCCAGCUCCCUCGCCUGCAGUGCCUUGGAUGCCAAGUGCUCGGCCUGGGACAGACCUGAUUGCCCUGAGCCAGAGGAUAGCAUCUUCUUUCUGCCCCAGGACAGUGUCAUCGUUUGCUCCUACAAGCAGAGAAGUCCCUACGACAGAUACUGUUGCUACAUCAAUCAGAGCCAAGGCAGGUGGGACCAUGAGACAAUAGUCUAACCUGCGCGUACAAGGGUCGCUGUAGUGAUUAGAAACGUGGCUACACUCAGUUCCCAGUGGAAGGAAAUGGCUCAGCUCCAACAGCCUUUCACACUGUUAGAAACCGGCAUGGUAUGUGAUGAGUGUGCAAACCUCGGUGCCAGGACCUUGUCAGUAGGCAUGUUGGAGGCACAUCCUAGAUGGGAAGUGAGGAAUAAGGACAUUGGGAAAGGGAGUGGGUCACAACUUAAACAAUGUUGAAUGUUUUGUAAAAUAACCCAAAAGUGCUAUGAGGUAAGUCUAGAGUGAGCUGCAGGAGCCAGCCAUCAAAGGAUAUAUGGACUGGGCACACAGAGACCAGGUUGCUGUAUGUCUGAAAAAAACUGAAAGAAAAAUUUACUGUUCUGUUAUGUGAAAUGAGUUUUGCCUGUUAAAAAGCUUUUCAUACUUGAUAAUUGCCAAAAGGAACAAAAAAAAUUAAGAUAGAAUAGUUAAGCCUUCCUUAGAUGGGAUGGUCUUUGGAGGAAGGAGACUUUAAAACAGUUAAAUUGUGUCAUGGAGCUUUGAGGCAAGAUUUUGAGUUUUCUGACAAGAUCAUGGUAUCAAAUAAAGUAAGUGUUACCACUUAUGUGAAAAGAUAA